GUCCUGCUGCGCGAGGCCAACCUGCGCUACUCGCUCGUCCGGCUGCGCGAGAACGCCGAGUCGAUCGCUUUCUACGGCGGCGAGGCGCAGGAGGCGAGGGAGGUGCGCGACCGGCUGGAGGGUGCCGUCGAGGGCCGGCGUGCGGUCCUCGGCACGCAGCGCAACCUCGAGUUCUUCACCACUGCCUACCGGUACGCCAUCCAGAUUCUGCCGGUCCUGGUGGUCUCGCCGCUCUACUUUGCGGGCACCAUCGAGCUCGGAGUGAUCACGCAGAGCUCGGGCGCAUUCAACAGCAUCCUCGACGACCUCUCGCUCAUCGUCAACGAGUUCGAGGGCAUCUCGAGAUUCUCCGCCGGCCUCCGCCGCCUCACGGCAUUUGUCGAGCGCAUGGAAGGCUACCAGCGCAACGCGAGCAACGCCACGUUCGUCCUGAGCGAGGCGCAGCGCGCCAAGCUGGUAGAGACUGCUGGGGAUGGGCCGCCCGGUUUCUUGAGAAUGCUCGGCAAGGGCGACAGCGCGGCGCCAUCGACACCGCCGGUGCCCGCCCCACCCUCGCCGUCGCCGCUGCCAUUGUCCGACGGGAUUCACAACUUGGAGCUUGCGAUCCUCUCGGGCAGCCGUGCGCUCGCGAUCGACGACCUGAGCCUCCUCACGCCCGACGGAUCGCGCCUGCUCUUUGCCAACGUCUCGCUGACCGUGCGCUGCGGGGAGCACCUGCUAGUCACUGGCCAGUCUGGCGCCGGCAAGUCGUCGAUGCUUCGCGCGAUCGCCGGCCUGUGGACGCGCGGCUCCGGCAUCGUGACGCGCCCGCUCACGGCGGACACGAUGUUCUUGCCGCAGCGGCCGUACUGCGCGCUCGGCUCGCUGCGCCAGCAGCUC